AUGACCUGCUUGACUAGCCAAGUCCAACUCUGGGCUGCGCUCCUGCUAUUGCUGAGCGGGAGUUGCGUGGCUUUCUCCAAUGACGCCACAGAGUCACUCAAUGCACGCUCAACCCACGACACCCAGGAUGAGCCGCCCGUUGAAAAUGUAAACCGAGCAAGGGACGGUGGGAGACGCCAGUCUGAACAAGUGAUUCAUGGACCAGACCAGAGCCAGGUGGGCUGCAGAGAGUUGAGAUCUACAAAGUACAUUUCAGAUGGCCAGUGCACAAGUAUUAACCCCAUCAAAGAACUUGUCUGUGCCGGGGAAUGUCUGCCGUCUCACCUCCUCCCAAACUGGAUUGCCGGGAGUUACGCCGGAAAGUACUGGGGCCGUAGAGAGGCCCAGGAGUGGCGCUGCGUCAUCGACCGAACCCGGACCCAGCGCAUCUGGCUCCAGUGCCGGGACGGAAGCACCAGGACCUACAAGAUCACCGUGGUCACCUCCUGUAAGUGCAAACGGUACUCUCGACAACAAAAUGACACAAGACACAAGGAAUCCACAGUCCAUGGUGGCAAACAGAAGCGAAAACACAAGAGGGAACGACUCCCGGAGGUGAAAUCUGACAACUAA